UCCCACCACCAUUCCGUUUCUCUCUCCAUAACCAACCACGACACUCGUACCUGCUCGUGAAAAUUAGAAACCCCAAAACGCUUCUUCUUUCUGUUUAUUAUUAUCUUAUUAAAUGGCGCCCAGGGAGAAGGCGGUGACGAUUAAGAGCGGUAACGGUAGCCUGAAGGAGGUGCAUUUCAGGGGAGUGAGGAAGCGUCCGUGGGGACGUUACGCCGCUGAGAUCAGAGAUCCGGGGAAGAAGAGCCGUGUUUGGCUUGGCACUUUUGAUACCGCUGAGGAAGCUGCCCGGGCCUACGACAAAGCCGCUCGGGAGUUUCGCGGCGCCAAGGCUAAAACCAACUUCCCCCUUCCCUGCGAAAUCGUCAACAACAACAACGCUAACUGUAAGAAUAAUAACAAUCAGAGUCCGAGCCAGAGUAGUACCGUCGAGUCGUCCAGCCGGGAGCCGACGCUCAUGAUCGAAUCCUCGCCGUUAGAUCUCAACCUCGGGCAUGCCGGCUGCGGCGACGGUGGCAAGGGAUGUGGAUCUGCGUCUGCGUCGGCUGCUGUUAGGUUUCCGUUCCAACCGUUUUCUUCAAUAGCCGGAGUUUUUGCCGGAGCCAUGCCGGCCAUGGCGGCUCCUCAGGUUUUUUAUUUUGAUGCCUUUGUUGGGGCCGAAGCCAUCAAGGGUCAACAGUAUCCACGGAUGCGAUUUGAUCAUAAUUUUCAGGCAAAGUUCAGCGGUGGUGCACAGAGCGAUUCCGAUUCCUCCACUGUGAUCGAUUUGAACCACCACGAGAUCAAGCCUCCUGUAGUCGUCGGUCUGGAUCUGAACCUCCCUCCACCACCGGAGACGGCCUGAUUUUUUUUUUCCCCGUCGCAACACUCAACGACCGGGAUAUCGUUGCAUGUUUUCUAAAUUUGAUUUCCUUUUUUUUUUUUUUUUUAUAAUUUUAGUUCAAAUAAUAGGCUAGAAAAAAAAAUAGAAAAAGUAAAAAAGCGAAAUUAUGGUGGGAGCUGCGAGAGUCAUCUGAUCAGAAAUCAACGGCGCUCGAGAUGUGAAUAGUAGCUGAUUAUCUCCCCUUUUUUGCAACAAAGAGAAAUCCUUCCCUUUCUCUUGUUGUUUGGUAUUAAUUAUUAGUUGAUGUACCCCUCUUUUUUUUCGGAUCAAUGAAUUAACGACUUAAAU